CCCGCGGACGGGACAAAGGCGGCGCCACCAUGGCUCUCAGCGCGGCGCUCGGCCGGGGCGACCGGGGCUCGGGCAACAAGGAUCUGGACUCCCUCGACACCUACAUACAGAACGCACUCUCUGCCCUCUACCCACCUUUUGAGGCCACGGCAGCCACGGUGCUCUGGCAGCUGUUCAGCGUGGCCGAGAAGCUCUACGGCGGGGACGGGCUGCGCUGCCUCAUGGACUUCCUCAUCCCAGCCAAGAGGGCCCUGCACCACCUGCAGCGGGAGGCCUGCGCCAGGUACGCAGGCCUCCUCUUCCUGCACGAAGGGUGGCCGCUGUGCAUCCACGAGAAGGUGGUGGUGCAGCUGGCGCCCCUGCGCGGAGUCAGGCUCAGGCCCGGGGACUUCUACCUGCAGAUCACCGUGGCGGCGGGGAGACAGCCCGCCAGACUGGUCCUGAAACGCCUCUCCCGGCUUGGACGAGGCUCCGAGGAGGUCACUGUCCCUGAGACCCUGUACGGCUGUGUCUUCACGGGACAGUUCCUGGAACUGGUGAACGGGGAGCAGAACAGUGUCCCCUUGCAAAACUGCUUGCUGACCUCGGGCUCGGCGGUCUACCGCACCCCCUGGAACAACGUCACAGACCCUGUCUUUGUCCCCGCCACCGGAACCAACCCGCCCAGCCGCCCCAGCGGUCCUGGGCCGCAGCAGCCGCCGCCCGGCAGCGCCUCGGAGGCCCCAGCCCCGGCACCAACCGUGGCCAGCCCCGCUCCCCAGGGAGGCACGCCUUCCAGGCACACCCCAACCCUGCCCCACUGCGGCGGGCAUCCCAGCAGGGACCAGCCCCGCCGUCUUCCUUCCCCAAGAAGCGCUGAGUGCGAAAGCCCCAGGACCCUGUCCGGGAGUCCCAGUGGAGGCCUCACGGGGGUUGGCCCCUCAGAGCAGGGCCCCUGGGAGUGUCCUGGGAGCCCUGAAGGACCGGGAGGGAGGCUGGACCCCAUGGACAAGAAGGACGGCUCCAAGGCCCUCGCCUUGCACGCAGAGGGGGGCAGCCCGAGCUCCAGGAGGCGGCCGCCCAGGGCCCCAGCCGGUGUGGAGGCCAGACGCUGGUUCAGGAAGUCCUACAUGGAGGCCCUGCAGAACCCUAUGCCCCUGGGCUCCAGCUCUGAGGAUUCCAUCGGGGACGAGGCCUGUGGCUCGCAGACCCGCGGCCGCAGGGCCAGGGGGGCCAGGGCAGCGGCCACUCUUACCCAGAAAGAGAUCCCUGGCCCUGCGGGAGACCCCCGGGAGAUCCCGAGUCAAGAGAGUGGUCCAGGAGCUGCAGGGAGGACCCUUCCCAGGAGCUCUCGAUCCUGGGAUAGGCCCCUCAGAAGCUCCCGAGGUGACACCCGGCGGGCGUCCCAGCACUUAGCCAGCACCAGGCCUGGGGGUCUCCUGGGAGGACAAGCUGUGGGGACCAGAACCACAGGCUCCAGCUGUCCAGACACGGUGGAGAGUCCUAGCUGCACAGGAGAGGAUGCUGCUGUCUAUGCAGAGGGCAGCAGCUUCCGAGGAAGCAGCCCCAUCGGGCGUUCAGACCUGCUCGCUGAGCCGCUGUGCCCCGAGGGUGAAGGGUGGACAUCUGGCACAGGAGAGCUGCCCAGCCAGGCGCCCGGGCAGGAGCUGCUGCAGGCCGGGGUGGUCACCCUCCCAGGGACCCGAGACCGUCAGGGAAGAGCGGUGGUGCAGGUCUGUACAAGGGGCCCACUCUGGUCCAGCGAACACACGUCCAGUGCUGAGCUAACCCGUCUGCUGAAGUACCUACACACCAUCCCCAGGAAGGAGGUGCGGGAGCUGGGGCUGGUCAUCCUGGUGGACGCACGCAAGAGCCUGGCCGCCCCCGCCCUCUGCCAGGCCCUGGCAGCCCUGCAGAACACAUCUCCUCCCUUAAUUCAUAGUAUUUUGCUGCUGGUGGAUAAAGAAUCAGCAUUUAGGCCUGACAAGGAUGCAACAAUUCAGUGUGAGCUGGUGGGUUCCCUGAAGGCCCUGCACAAACUUGUCGACAGCUCCCAGCUGACUGCAGACCUCGAGGGCUCCUUUCCAUACAGCCACAGUGCCUGGAUCCGCUUCCGUCGGAAGCUGGAGCCCUUCACCUCAAACUGCGAGGAAGCCAUUGUUUUCCUACAAAAUUCAGUCCACUCCCUGAACACCCACAGGACCCCAAGCACAGCACAGGAGGUCGCAGAGUUGAUCGGCAAGCACAGGGCGAUGAUGAAGCAUGUCCUGGAAGAUGCGCGGCUGGUGGCCCUCCGGCUGGAAGGCGGCACCGUGCUGGCACGGCUGAGGAGGGAGGAGCACGGCGCCGGCCAAGACUACCGGGACACCAUCGAGGCUGCCUGCCGGCUGUACAACCAAGUGGACGAAGAGGUCCACAGGCUGGUCCUCGCCUCCAACAGGUGUCUGCAGGAGCUGGAGAGUCUGCAGGCACUGAAGAAGCUCCAGGCGAGGACACCAGUCAGGGCUCCAGGGGGGAGGCGACCAGCUCACGAGUGGGGCGGGGCCAUUGGAGGCCCCCUGCUGGGCCCAGCUCCUCCAGAGAUGCUGCCUCUGACCCCCGAGGGGAGGGCCUGGCUGCACGUCAGGGAGGAGCAAUGUCGUCCGAAAGGGCUGCGGCUGACGGAAGAGGACUUGCGAGGCGCAGCGGAAGGGACCCAGGACUCCAGAAGGAGGCUGAGCGGAGGGAGGGCGAGCUGGCCGGCAGGCCCGCGGGUCCGAGGUCUGCGAGACGGCAGGGCCGCGGACCGUCUCACGGCCCCUCCAGCCCUGAUGCCCGCGGUCGAGCCCGGCCGGCAGUUGCCGCCGCGAGCACGGGGUCUUCCUCGCACCCUGGCCCUCGCUCUGGGCGACCUGGUGAGCGGGCGGACGCUGCGGCGCAGUCGGGGCCUAGAGCACCCGGCCCCAGAGCUGGUCACCGAGCAUCCGAAGCGCUGUCGCCGGGAGCGCCUGCAGAGCUUCCCCAGGGCGAGCGUGGUGGUGGUGGGCCCCGGCGGCCAGCGGGCGCUGCCACGGGGCCAAACCUUGUGGCUGCAGAGCCGGCAGACCCGGGGCCACUGGCAAGAGGCCCCUGGAGAGGCAGCCCCGGGCCCCGGCACCCUGCCUCUGGCCUGGGGCCCCCUGAAGCACGAGCUUGCCCAGGGACCCGAGGGGCAGCCCCUGAGCCUUCCUGGGGCCCCCCCGCCGACCCCGAGGGCCGAGCUGCGGAGCGGGCCCGGCUGCCCCCGGCCUCGCCGGACGAGCUGCCGUGUGCGGGCAGGAGGGAAGCGCCCCCUGAAGAAAAGUAGGAACAAAGCACAAAGCUUCGCGAUGCCUCAGCUUGACGGUGGCCCCAGCGACUCCCUCCGGCUGGGCCACGCUGCGGUCUUUAUCAAAGGCCCGGAGGUGGCCGGCACCACCGCGGCCUCAGAGAAGCAGCCCCCGCUGAGGCCACGUGCCGAGAGCCCUCGGCUCCCCCGGAACCGUCUGUCCUCUCCCUCCAGGAUCCACCCCUCCGAGGAGGAUGGGGGGGCCAGCCGACCGCGGCACGGGACGGCCGAGACGAUCUCCACGGAGAGGCAGUACGUUAGGUCCUUAGGCUAUGUCCUCGACAGCUAUUUUCCAGAAAUGGAAAGGACGGACCUGCCCCAGGACCUCCGAGGGAAGCGCAGCGUCGUUUUCGGGAAUCGGGAGGUGCUCUACGCCUUCCACCGCCGGCACUUCCUCCCGGGGCUGGAGCGCUGCCGGCACCGCCCCUGGGCCGUGGGCCACGCGUUCCCGAGAUACGGGGAGCAGCUUGGCAUGCACGCGCUCUGCAGCAAGAACAAGCGGGCGGACGCCCUGCUCCGCAGCCACGGCAACGCCUUCUUCAGGGUCGCCCCCCAGCCCCUGGGCGACAAGGUGGACCUGGCCUCCUACCUGCUGAAGCGCGUGCAGCGCGUGGGCAAGGACGCACUGCUGCUGUGGGCCCUGGUCAAGGAGGCCGGCGGCUGCCCCGCCCGGGAGCUGGGGGAGCUGGGGGCCGCCGAGGACGUGGUGCGCUUCCAGCUGCGCCGCGGCCACGACCUGCUGGCCCUGGACGCCGUCCGCGGCUGCGACGUGGAUCUGAAGGAACAGGAGCGGCUGAGAUGCCAGGACGAGUUCCUCGUGGGCCGCAGAAGGAAGACGCGCCUGAGGCGUGUGUUCCUGUUUGAAGACCUCAUCCUGUUCAGCGAGACCCCGGUGGACGGAGGCCACGGCGUGUACGCGAACGAGCAGUCCUUCAAGGUGGCAGAGAUCGGGGUGACGGAGAACGUCGGGGACAGUGGCUUGAGGUUUGAGAUCUGGUUGCGCAGGCGGCGGCAGGCUCUGCGGAGCCGAGGGGGCGGAGCGGCGGGAGGGUGCUCGGCGUGCGGGGCCCGCUCGGGCUGGGCCCGGCCUGGGCUCAGGGCUGGUGGUCGGUCCGAGGGGCCCCUUAGGACCGUCCAUCAGCACACGAACACUUCCUUCUCCUUAAAACAAGCAAGACCCCGGCCCCCACGCUCAGAGAGAGGUCUCAGCCCCAGCUCCCAGACGGCCUCAGACCCGCGGCGUCAGCCCUGUGCCCCGGCCUGUGGUCAAGGCCCCUGGCCUCCUGGACGCUGCGCCGAUGGCCAGCCCGUGGUCUCCCCACAGAGUCAUGCCCUGCCUGGAGGCCUCUGUCCCACUCCAAGGUGGAUGUCCCUUCAGCCGCAGACGGAGACCCGCCCUCCCCGGUUGGACACCCAGUUUCUAUGGUCCCAUGUCUUCCUUUUUCCUGGUUCACCCCCUUGGAAAACUCCCCCACACGCUCCUAUCUUAGAACUCAGGACACAGGAGAUGGUGUCCACGGGGACAGGCGGCAAGCCGUUCGUGGACAUCAAGCCCAGCAACGCGGCCAUAAGCGACCAGGCCGUCAGUUACACCGGGAAGGGAACAGAGGCACGGACCCGAGCGUCCAGAGCUGUGCCCUCCUGUGACCACACCGGCCCCCUGAAGAGACCGCACUCCACCCUCUCAGACAGCACCGGUCCUCCUCCGCCCUGGGGCCACUGCCCCUGCACGCGCCCGCAAGCCCCGUCCGCUACCCCUGUGCUACGGCGCCCACACCUGCGCGGAGCAGGACGGGCUGGAUCAGGCGGCGGGGGGCCAGCCUUCCCUGCGUGAGCGCGCUCGUUGAUGCGCUCGUGUGCCGGGGCCAGCGCACGUGUUCAUCCUUUCCCGAUUUCAUACGCGGCCAAAGGUUUCCAAACAGAUUAGAAAUGUUCAUUUCCUUAAAAAAAAUUUCCGCUUCCACUCAAGACAAGGGAACAGGGAACAAGUUUAAAACAAACAAGCAAAAAGAAAAACCAGACAAAACAAACCAAGUGCCCCCCGAAGCCCCAAAUGUGCCACUGCCACCAUGAAGUCACCCCUGGGGGCGUCCCCACCCACCGCAGAGGUGCCUCUGCGAAGUGCUGGGCGUGAGCUGCUCAGAACAGGCGGCGGCCGCGGGGAGCACGCACCGUCGCCUGCCCAGAGCGACGGCGCUCUCCUGGACGCGUCCCUCAGGCUCCAGGACCGCGGGUGGCUCCCAUCUGGGCUGCGGCAGCCUCUGGGCAGCCCCGGAUCUGGAGGUGGGACUUCUCCCGGCAGCAAGACCAGGCGGAAGGCUCUGUGUCCGAGGGCUCAGGUCUGCCAUCCCCAGCACGGCCCACAGAAGCCACCCGCCAGCCACACUCGAGGUUGUGGCUGCACCCUGGCAGGGGCCCCACCCUGGGGAGUGACCCCACGGGCCUGGGCUCCGCGGCCGCGACUCUGUCUGGGGUGGCACAGGACAGGCCCCUGGGAGCGCGCCUCCCGUCCCGUCCUGUCCCGCUUUCUGUCAAAGCCGCGUGGCCCUUCUUGCCACAUUUGCUGUUGUCCCCCACUUGGGCUCACUCUUACCGCCCAGGGUGAGGCUUCCUGCUGGGGGAGGGGUCGACCUCCCUCCCGGCCUUCCCCUUCCGGCUGCACCGGGCCUUCUGAUUUCAGAGAAGCAGAGUCACAGGCCUCUCGUUCAUGAGCGUAAGUGGUGUCUGACCUCCAGCAGUGCCGUCCUCCUGCUUUAGCCCGGCAUCACGGGUCCUCUGGUUAUAAAUCUGUACCUUGUAAAUCAUUCUCGUUGUGCAAGCCUCAGGGCCAGAGUGCCGGGCACAGUAGGCCUGAGGGGCAGCCGGCCAGGCCGGAGGACAGUCCUCACUGGGCUUCUCUCUGCAGAGACCGGGAACUCCAAGCCUUCCCACCGCACGUCAGGGGACAGCGGCCCCAGCCUCCACGGGCCGUCCCUGCCGCUCGCGGAGCUGUCCUCCGACGAGGACUGUCAGGGUGUCUCCCUGGCCCUUCCCGGGAGGGGCUCACGGCAGCAGCCUGACGGGGACCAGUUCAUCGCGACCCUGAAUGCCAGCAGGACAAGCUGGCCACCACCAGACGCCUCCACAGCCAAAGCCAAACAGGCGCCCAGGACGAAAAUAGCCGUCAGAUGACCAGAGGGCUGGCUCACCACAGUCCAAGGCAAGCUGCUCACAACAGCUGCAGCUAAAAAUAGGCGAGAAGGGGACGCGUCUUUGGGAGAAGCACCGGGGAGAGCUCCGUCCUGUCUCCAGCCGCUGCAGCCUGACACAAAGAAAGUGGAGGAGGAAAACACACAUGAUGAAAAGUCAGAGCUCAAGUUCUAUAAUCUUUAUUUACAGAAAACAUAAAGCAGCUAAGCACAGCACUUCAAUAAAAUCUGAAGUCCCAAGAGGUACAAAAAAGACAACAUUUUGAAUGAAGCUAUACAACUGCAAAGCUCUUAUCUUAAAAUCAGAUAAGGGCUCCCCAAAGACAAGCACAGCAAGGCUGCAGAGGCCCCUUUCAGCCCCCUCCUAAUGUCUGAUGGCUGAGGAAACCCACCGCUGCCGUCCUCUGUUCCCAAGCCUACCACCCUGUGCCUACUCUGGCUACGGUGCCCCAGCAUACUAUCGGCAAGGGUUAGAAAUGAACAUGGGUGAGAGCGCUUCACAUAGCGUUGGCUAGGUUAUUAAGAACUGAGUAAAGUUCAAAGCGUGUUCAGCUUUGCCUGGUCAUCACGAGUAAACAGCUGAAGCCCAACGUGUGUGCUUAUGUUCUGAUGGGGGGGGGUCAUGUAAAUAAGGAGUCAGAAGUUCAGCCUCAAGAUGAGGCUCCACCGUAAUCUAACAAACAGGGGGCAGAAGGGUGCAGGCAACUGGGGUGGGCAAUGCCCCGCUCCGCCCCACAGAGUGAGAAGCCAGCAGGCCUCCGACUCCGCUGCACGGAGAAGUCCAAGGACAGGGAAAGGAGUCUGACGACCACGAAGCCUGUGGCCAGCGGGUGCCUGGGUCUGGGCGUUGUCACCAAUCCUGCCCGCCCCACCGACAAGAGUCUGGGGUGCUCUGAUAAUAAGACAGGAGUCAGUGUGAUGCUUGCACUGGCGCAGGAUCUCCACCGCGUUCUGAACCGGCGGCCCCGCUCAGUAAUUUAAUGAACGCUGGGGCAGCUACGCCGAGUCCUAGUCUCUCACCGUGGUAACCUGUCCAGCCUGUACAUGCAAAACGCAGUGCAGAUCUGAGUCCUCUGGGAAACAGAAGGAUGUAGCCAGGCCAUGGAAGCAACCUAAAUGCCCACCAACAGACGAAUGGAUAAGGAAGAUGUGGCACAUAUAUACAAUGGAAUAUUACUCGCCAUAAAAAGGAACGAAACUGGGUCAUUUGUAGAGACGUGGAUGGACCUAGAGACUGUCAUACAGAGUAAAGUAAGUCAGAAAAACAAAUAUCAUAUAUUAACGCAUAUAUGUGGAAUCUAGAAAAAUGGUACAGAUGAACUGGUUUGCAGGGCAGAAAUAGAGACACAGAUGUAGAGAACAAACGUAUGGACACCAAGGGGGGACAGCAGGGGGUGGGGAAUGAACUGGGAGACUGGGAUGGACAUGUAUACACUAAUAUGUAUAAAAUAGAUAGCUAGUAAGAACCUGCUGUAUAAAAAAAACUAAAAUAAAAUUCAAAAAAAAAUUACACUGACUGACGUAGUAAUUAAUUAGUUUUGAGGCUGGGAGAGGCCCUGAGGGGACCUGCGUUUUCCGUUUGUUUUUUCAGGUUCAUCUCUGGCUUCUAUAGCUUUUCAUAGUAAUUUUUAUUCUGGAAGUUCCUGCUUUCUUAUACUUUUGAAAUGAUGCUUUUUGUCCCUGAGAAGGGUUGAGGAAGAUUGUAUUUUCUUCUUUUUGGUUACCUUGCUUAGGUAAUGCGAUCAGAGAAAACUUUUAACUUUGCAUUCUUGUAAGGAUUCUCCAAAAAUGUAUUAUUACAAGAUUAAGAAAUUAUAUCGAACAUAUGGGUGUUAAGUAGCCCCCUGGCAUAGCCUAAAAGUAAAGGCAGACAAAUGAAGUUGAUAAAUGCUACUCUUGUCAGCCUCCACUUUCUCUACUCAAACCUGCUAACCUAAGAAAUCCAGGCACAUAAAGCCACUCCAUAAAAAGUAUCACUGCCUGCUCACUUUGGCAGCACAUAUACUUAAAAAAAAAAAAAAUUGUUAAAACACAGAGAACACUAGCACAGCCCCUGCUGGAGGAGGACACACAAAUUCGUGAAGUGUUCUAUAUAAUUUAAAAAUAAAAGCAUCCCUGCAACAGAGGGCAGCUUUUUUUCCGUUUCUCAUCUUCUUAAGUGCCAACCCAGAACCAUGGGAUAUGAUGUAGGGAAGCACAACAUGCCACCCUUAAAUAGGUCCCUUGGGCCUUACUAAGUUUCUCGAGGGGCAAGGGAACCACCCUCAUCACUAGAUGAUUCUAACCGAAAGCGGAAAGUAACAUUAAAUCUGGAGCUGCAAUAGAAGCCUUAGUAGGAGUGUGGAAUAUCAAGGUUCUAGGCUUGGCCAAAAAUAUCCAACUGGUGACUAUUAAAUUAAGACCUGGAUGGGAAUAUCCCUGUAAAUAGCAGUAACCAAAAUGGGAGGCCACUGGUCUGACUAACCACAGCUGACAUUUGGAGCCUGACAGGAAUUUGGCGGGGAGGCCUUCUCCUCCCCUAAGCUAAAUGAGGGAAGGUAAAACCUCGCCACAUAGGUGAAUGGGUGUGUCAGUCAUUUAAUAUCAUUGAGGUGGCUACUCAAUUCUUAGGGGGAAAAACACUUGUUUCUUCUGGCCUUAAGAGAACAAAGUCAUCCUAGGAGGCACUUGCCUAUGCCUUUAAGAUGCAAAUGUCUACCAGAUCUUCUCCAGGAACCCUUAUCUCCAGCAUCCUUUUAAAAUGCAAAUUUCCGGAUUCCCUGCUGACACAGUGGUUAAGAAUCCACCUGCCAAUGCAGAGGAGCCGUGCUGCAACUACUGAAGCCCGCUCUCCGCAACAAGAGAAGCCACCACGAUGAGAAGCCCGCGCACCACAACGAAGAGCAGCCCCCGCUCGCCGCAGCUAGAGAAAGCCCGCGUGCAGCAAUGAAGACCCCAUGCAGCCAAAAAUAAAUAAAUAAAAUAAAAAAAAAAAGAAUUUGGGUUAAAAAAAUAAAAAAAUAAAAUAAAAUGCAAAUUUCAAAAACGGGGUAGGUAAUUUGGAACUUGACUUGUCAAGGAUGAGAAGAAAUACUAAGUGUCUUCUCUGUAAACAUUCGCAGAAAGGGUUUGGCCAUCUACACAGGCGACCUUGAUUUGCUCCAUCUGCUAGAAGCCCAAUUUGAAUCCAGCCCCUGUAACUGAUGGGUUUUGCCACGUUGUACCUGACUCAGGGCUGAAAUUGUCAAACGAGAACUAUAAGGUCUCUGUGUUUGUUUGUGUGUUUGUAUGUAUCUAUGUGUGUUGUAGAUGUAUAGUAUUACCAAAAUUAAUUUGUAAAGAAGCUCUACUUAAUUGACUUAAAAAAAUUAAGUGCUUAUAUAAAUACUCAGGAAUAUAAAACUGGCCAGAAUGAAUUUCAGGUUCACACGAUCCAGGAAAUAUUCAACAUUAAAUUAAGAUCUGGUAUUGAAGGAGGCUUAAACUUGUUGAUUUGAUGAAUACAGAUAUGUCUUUAGAGUCAUCAAUGUUAAGUAUAGUACUUCUGCUGGACCUAGGUUUACUAAAGGUCAAAUAAAACCUUAUUAUAUGUUGCAAAUCUGUCAGCAGGAAAAGUAACUUGAAGUGAAAAAACAAAAAACUUUUAAGGAAAGUAAGAUGUAUGUUUUCAGUAAAAGAAGGUGUAAAGAGUAAGAAAAAAAUACUGGAAAAAAGAGUUGUACAUGAUCUUGGGCCUUCCCUGGUGGUCCAGUGGUUAGGACACCACGCUCCCAAUGCAGGGGGCCUGGGUUCGAUCCCUGGUCGGGGAACUAGGAUCCCACAUACUGCAACUAAGCCCACAUGCUGCAACUAAGCCUGCACGCCUCAACUACUGAGCCCACGCUCUAGAGCCCUCGUGCCACAACAAGGACCCAGUGCAGCCAAAAUAAAUAAAUAAAUAAUAAACAAAAAGAGUCGUACAUCGAGAUUUUCUAAGAUUGGAUUAAACUUAGUUGGGUAAACGGAUUUUGUUGGGAGUGGGCUGGGGCAAGACUGGAUUUGGUUUCUCCCUCCAAAGUUUUCUUGAAUUACUGCUUUUAAUAACAUGAGUUACUUCGCCUUAAAGGGAUCUGUAUUUGCUUUCAAGAUCUGUUUUAACUUUGGUUAAGAAAUAAGCAUUGUCUCAGUGACCUAUGAUCUUAUUUGACCAAGUCUUUUAAAACUUUUUGACAAACUUCCCAAUAUCAAAUUUUAAUUAAAGUUCUUUGGAUUUCCAGCUAACUUUGGGAUACUUUAGAGGGCCCCUGAGGUAUCUCAAAGAAAAAUAUUUAACUAGGAUUAUUUCGUAUGUUAAAUGAAAUGUAAUCAGAUGGUUAACCUCGCCUUUUAAGUCUUCUGUCAUUUAUAGAUAGUUAUUUUUGUACUCUGAUGCUGUUACAAAAAAGUGCUUCAUCAUCAAGAAGAUUCAUGGGAAGGCUAAGGAAACAGUUGCGACACUUCCACAUCAAGACAAUGGCUAUGCAAGGAUUCCAGCCCAUACCGACUUAAAACAAGGAGCUGUCCUGCCCCUGGGGCCCCUAGAUCAGGCAUCCUAGAGAUUUUUACUCCCUGACAGGUGGGGUCGAUGCCCCUACUCAGCCUCGAAGCAACUUCAGAAGACGGACCAUCACCCCUCUGCUUCCCAUAAAAAUACGGGAGUAAAAUCUCCGACGGGGGGAAUGAAACAGGAGGGAAGGGGGCAGGGCACAACCUUUAAAAGAAUGACACAGCCAUAGGACAUGACAAAAACUGGUUAGAACCAACUAGGUCCAAGAGAGCAGAUGAGUUGACUUCCACUAGACCUUGAGCCUCAUUAUACGCUCAUUGUAAUAGAUUAGCAUGCUAAAUGACACACUCACCAGUGCUAGGACAGUUCUGAGGCCAACCAUAAAAGGUCAAAAAGUAGGCUGUGGCCCAGUUCCUGGAAAUCCCCACCCCUUCCCCAAAAUAACUGGAAUAACACUCCCUCUCAUUAGCCUAUGAAAUUACCCAGCCCAUAAAAACUAACCACUCCAUAUUUCGGGGCCUCUCACCUUCUGAGAUGGCCCGUAAUCUGUCUGUGAAGUGUGUUUCUCUCUCAAUAAAUCCACUUCCUACCUAUCAAAAAAACCCCACGUGUCUUUGGCAUAGGGAUUAUUUUCAACUGGUUAUUUUCUAAGAAACAGCAGACAUGGGAGAAACUUUGAAAACCAAGUAGGAGUUACCCUUUUGUAAGAAACUUACAUUUAUAAGGGAGUUCUGCAUUUGUAAGAGUGUCUCCCUGGCUGUACCAGGAAGAGGUUGACCAAAUUUCUGGAAACUCUUAUCAUAGGAAAAGGCUAGAGCUUAAAUCUGCAUAACAACCUUACCCUUGAUUAUUGCACUUUUCUUAGUCCCCUCUGGUAACUAUCUCUCCCCAACCUCAACAUCCUCUUUUGUCUUAAGCUUGGGAUGGUAUUUAAGGUGAGGGCUUAUGCCAUUCUGGUAAGUUACUCAAUUUUCCUGAGUCUCUCUUGUGGAUACAUGUUAAAAACUUUUGUUUGAUUUUCUCCUGUUAAUCUGUCUCAUAUCAAUUUAAUUCUUAGACCAGCCAGAAGAACUUAAAAGGGUAGAGGAAAGUUUCUUCCUCUGCGACAGUGACAAAACAUAAAACCAACCCCUAAACAUCAGGAAAUUCAUCAUGUAGUAGGGAUAUAAGCUAAGAGCUGGAAUAAGGACAAUUGACUGGUGACUGGUAAUUUCCCCAAAGUGGUACAAAGUCGAUUCAAAGUAGAGAGAAUUUCUGGCCAGCCUGAGCAGAGGUUUCAUGGAUGAAGUCUCCCAAAGACUGAUUUCCUAAACAUUACACAGACAUACAAAACCAGUUUUCUUUUAUGCCUGUUUUAUUCUUCCUCAUCGGUGCUUAUGAGGGCAACUGAAGCAAGGGAGCCCCCGUCAGAGCAGUACAGCCUUGAAGGGAGCUGACAGUUACUGAACUCACUCCACACAAAAUGCCUCUAAAUAUCUUGUCUUAUUUAACCCUCACUUGCAUUGAGGCAGUUAUGACGGUCAGAGAAACUGAGGCUCAGAGGGUAAAUAAUUUGUGCAGAAUGUACCAUACGCGAAAAAACUAGGGUGUGCACAUGCAUCUCUGUAAACAAAGACUGUUGCCCGCCAUUUAUGAUUAAGUCCUGAGCCACAGUCACUGACCUACAAGUUCACCCAGAAAGGGAUUCAGGGUGAAUGCACUCUGUGUUUUGGAUACAUGGGACCCUACAGCGUUAAGAUACAUGACUAAGAAAGAAUUUCAGUGACCCCAAAUUCCUGCAUCUUCCCAUACGUGGGUAAGCACUAAAGUCACUAACUUGACGUACCUGGGUUUCUGUGACAAGUAUUAAUCUUUUACCAAGAUGCAUGCUGGACCACAUGAAUUUCCUGGCUCCUCCCCUGCCUCUUCAGAGCGGUUCCUAACAGCUAUCUGAGAGACUGUAUCUUAGGCUACAGUCUUCAUAGCUCUCACAUUGUACUUUUUUUUUUUUUACAGUCAACAUCUGUCAGGUUCCAAAGCCCAAGAUGUUAGAGCUCCACACUUUCAGCCCAGAAAACACACGUUAGGAAAAC